AUUGUUUCUGCUCCACUAGAGAAGGGAAUACAAAACAGAACAGGGAAGAUCUUCUCCUGCAACUACAAUUCAGGACAGUGCAGGGCUAUUUCCAUAAAUGAGUCUCGAGAAGCUGAGAAGAUAUCUCUUGGCCUAACACUGGUUUCUCAGCAGUCACCACAACCUUCAUUACUUGCUUGUGGUCCAACAUUAGCGAAAGAUUGUUUCACUGAUAUGUACGUUAUUGGGAUGUGCUUCUACCUAGAUAAUCAGCUUCGAAAGACAGCCCAAUUUCCAACAAGUUUUCCAGCUUGUUCUGCAACAUUCAUAGUAUUUUUGAUUGAUGGUUCUGGAAGUGUAAGUCCGGGCAAUUUUGCAAGAAUGAAAAAUUUUGUGACUGAUAUCAUGCAAGCAGUGAAAAGCAGACGCACUCGUUUUUCUGUAAUGCAGUACUCAGACAGGUUCAGAAUUCAUUUUACUUUCCACCAGUACCGGAUGAGUUCAAACCCUGAAUCUCUAGUACAGGAAAUUACGCAGUUUGGAGGGUAUACUCACACACCUACUGCAAUUAGCAAAGUUGUGGAUGAGAUUUUCAUAGAAAGUCAAGGAGUACGGCCUGAAGAUAACAAGAUACUUAUAGUAAUAACUGAUGGAAAAACUGUUGGGGAUUCAUCAUCAUUAUCUGAAGCAGCUCAGAAAGCUGAGAGUAAAGGCAUAACACGCUAUGCAAUUGGGGUUGGAAAUGCUUUUAAUGUUAAUUCAGCUUAUCGGGAAUUAGUUACCAUAGCCUCAAAGCCUGAAAAGGAGUUUCUGUUUAAAGUUGAAAACUUUGACGCACUCACAAAACUGCGGAGCACAUUGGAACAGAAGAUAUUUGCAAUUGAAGGUACACAGAUACAGUCAGGAAGCUCCUCAUUUCAGCAGGAAAUGUCUCAGGAAGGGCUCAGUGCACUGUUACAACAUAAUUCAAUCCUUACAGGAGCUGCUGGUUCUUAUGACUGGGCUGGAGGAUUUUUUCAGUAUGAACUUGGCAGUGGCUUUCCCAAAUCAACAUUUAACAAUGUAACAUCUACAAACAAUGAUAUGAAGGAUGCAUAUCUUGGGUAUGCCAUGACAACAUAUACAGAUCAGAGUAAGACGUACUUUAUUGUUGGAGCACCACGGUAUGACCAUACAGGAAGAGUGUAUGUGUUUGAAAAGAGCCUACAGAAGACUAAACUGAGGCCAGACCUUACUAUUCCUGGGGAGCAGCAAUGGCCAGAAUUGACCAAAGGAGAGAAACUAGUGGUUUUGGAAUCAGAAAAACUGAAUUUAACUGCUUAA